UUUGUCUCAAGUACACUGUGCUCUAUGUAUAGCUGAAGACAUCAGCAGUCAAAGUCUUUCUGUCAACGAAGAAACAGUUUAAACAUUAUGGAAGCGAAUUAUGAGAAAAAUUAUACGAACGUUACUGUUGAUAGAUAUAUCAGUGAUUUAUUUAAUCUUACUCAAGAAGACAGUAAUUGGAUCGUCACGAGCUCCUUUAUGAUCUUUACAAUGCAAACAGGUUUCGGAAUGUUAGAAUCCGGCUGUGUGUCUUUGAAAAACGAAGUCAAUAUCAUGAUGAAGAAUGUAGUCGAUAUAGUCCUUGGCGGUCUGACCUAUUGGAUUUUUGGAUUCGGAUUCAGUUUCGGCUUGUACGAACCCAACAACCCUUUUAUCGGAAUAGGAGGUCUAUUCAUAGAUCCACCCAUCGAUGACGAAUAUAUGGGUUCCAUCUGCGCGGCGUUUUUAUUUCAACUGAGCUUCGCUACUACUUCAACAACCAUAGUUAGCGGCGCUAUGGCUGAACGAUGCAAUUUCAAAGCGUACUGCGUCUUUUCGUUUCUGAACACUAUCGUGUAUUGUAUGCCAGCCGGGUGGGUUUGGGGCGACCACGGAUUUCUGAAUCGCAUGGGCGUCGUUGAUAUCGCUGGCUCGGGGCCGGUACAUCUUGUCGGCGGUAUUUCGGCGCUAGCUUGUGCUAUCAUGCUCGGUCCCAGAAUAGGCAGAUACGACAACGGCAUCGAUCCCCUGCCGCUCGGAUGUCCUGUCAACGCGAUUAUGGGAUUAUUCGUAUUAUGGUGGGGCUGGUUAGCGUUUAACAGUGGUAGUACUUACGGGGUAACCGGUGCACGGUGGCAAUACGCCGCUCGAGCGGCUGUCUCUACAAUGAUGGGCAGUAUGGGAGGCGGUCUGGUCGGUUUAGGAUUCAGCUUGACUAAUCCGAAUGGAAUCGACAUCCUUAGCCAGAUAAAUGGCAUUCUUGGCGCAUUGGUAGCGAUUACUGGUGGAUGUUUUCUAUAUAGAGCCUGGGAAGCGAUGGUAGUUGGGAUGAUAGGCGGUUUUAUCACGUGCAUCGCGAUGCCGGCGUUAGAUAAAAUUCACAUAGAUGAUCCUGUUGGAGCUGCCGCGACUCACGGUGCGAGUGGUAUCUGGGGAGUUGUCGCUAUCGGCUUAUUUGCCGACAAUCCGUAUCCUCUUGAUACCACCAGUGGAAGGAAAGGUUUAUUCAAAGGAGGCGGCUGGUAUCUACUCGGAGUACAAUGUUUGUCUGCACUUUGUUUAACAGUUUGGAGUUUUACCAGCUCUAUCUUACUGCUAUGGAUCAUAAAUAAGAUAAUACCGAUUAGAAUGUCAGUUUAUGAAGAAGUUCUUGGAGCGGAUCUUGUAGAACAUAGAAUACGUCAUUCAAAGAUAGGUGUGAGUCGCGCCAUGUCAGCACUUCGGCCGUUUACUAUGGAGAAGCAAUUAAAGAGUGUACCGCCCGUGGGCAUAAAUCCUGGUCACGAUUCGUACAUCCUUCAACAUAAAAGAAAAAAGUUGGGAAAUUUUUCCAAGUCUGGGAAGCAACAGCCGUUGAAAAAUUUGGUAAAGAAAAAUUCUCAAAUCCGGACAAUCGCGGACUCCGCGAUAACCGCGGAAGCGAAGCCGCAGUUUGCUUGGGUGGAUUAAGAGAAAAAGAAUCAACGAGAUUUUUA